AUGGCCGACCCCUGACCCGGAAGCGUCUCCGCUCGGCUGCCAACACACCUGCGUGUAAUCUUCCACCCAGCUGCCGCUAAUCUUUCCUCGCUUGGGCUGAGGUAUUUAACGGUGUGUCCAGACGGCAGUCGACGCUGGAUUGUACUCGAAGCUCGGUGGAGAAGUACGGAGCGGAGAAAAGGGCUCGCUGGUUUUAUCACUCGGGAGGAGAAACACACACGGAUUUUCACUGAACACUCAUCAGCACCACCUUCGGGAAUUGGGAGAAAAUCACCUUUGGACAAUCGCACGUCUUUGUUUAAGACUGUAUUUGAGCACUGUAAAUAAACGCACUGUCUGCUUUGUAUCCAGAGCUCCGCGCUUGAGUCCAUACUUUCCAUUAGCCGUGACACUUAAAUUCAAAUUCAGUUCUGCUACAGUUGAUAUAACCCUUUGACCACGAGGACCUUUUGAGGUCUAAUCAGGACAUUUUCACACGGAUCUUAGUAAAUAAGUUACCGUGUUCUGGAGUUGAUAUAGAAACCCUCAUAGCAAUUAUUGUUAUUAGAUUAGACAAAAUCCAAGAUAAAUUAAAGCUUGUCCACGAAAUUCUUGAUGUCUGCUGUACAAUCAUUCGAUCCUCGAAAAAGAAAUUGAAGUGUGGGCCACCAUUCUGGCUCUGAUCCGGCUUCAUGGCUUCAAGAGAGAUGCAAAGGACGAGUGGGAUCUUCUGGCUGUGAAGGCUGCCUCAUGGGUCCGUGCUCAGAAUGCUGUCUGCGGAGCACAAAGUGGACACCUCUGUCUUCAGCUGGACCUUUUACUGCGACUGUUUUAGAAACGAGCGUGUUUACGUCACAAACAGCAGGAGGAAAGUAUUUGCUUGACCAACGUCAGUGUCGUAACAGCUGUGAAUAGGUACAAAGAUGUCGUCCUGUGGUCUACUCACUGUCCAGAUGGAACCAGUUCCUCUGAAGAGCAUUGAGGUGGAGCUGCAGGUGAGGGACCAUGUGGCUGCAGUGGUCUCCACUCUGAACUACGAGAACAAGGAGGACAAACCAUUAGAGGCUGUUUUUGUCUUCCCUCUGCCUGGAGAUGCUGCUGUCUGUCAUUUCAGUGCUCAGAUUGGACAGACACAGAUUGUAGCUGAGGUGAAGGAGAAACAGAAGGCUCGUGAGGAGUAUGAUGAUGCUCUGAGCUCCGGUCAGCAGGCCUUCCUAUUGGAGGAGAGUGAUGAGAGUCCAGAUAUAUUCUCUCUGAGUGUGGGCAGUCUGCCUCCAGGAGAGAGCGCCUCCAUCAGGUUGGAGUACGUCACUGAGCUGGCUGUGCAGGCUGAUGAUGGUCUGAGGUUCUGUCUGCCUGCUGUGCUCAACCCUCGAUACCAACCUCAGGGUAGCGAAGGUGCAGGUUUCCAGGUGACUUCUGUUCCAGCCUCUCUGGUGCCCUACAGUCUGUCUUUUUCUGCCCGAGUGUCCUCUCCUCGUCCAGUCUCUAAAGUAGAGUCCAACUGUUCGCUGGACCCUCUGCAGUACCUCAACACUGAUCAAACCCAGGCCACGGUCAAGCUGGCUGCAGGACACAAGUUUGACAGAGAUGUUGAACUGCUGAUUUAUUACAAAGACGCCCACCAGCCCACUGCUGUGGUGGAGGCAGGACAGGCCUCUGCUGAGCCGGGCUCUCUGAUGGGUGAUCCAGUGGUGAUGGUGAGUCUGUACCCUGAGUUCCCCCAGUCUGUGAUGUCUUCAGUGGCUCCAUGUGGAGAGUUUGUGUUCUUAAUCGAUCGAUCUGGAAGUAUGGGAUCUAGGAACCACAGAUUGACUCGCCAGACUCGCAUCCACAGUGCAAGGGAUACUCUACUGCUCCUGUUGAAGAGCUUACCAAUGGGCUGCUAUUUCAACAUUUACAGUUUCGGGUCCAAAUAUGAACACAUCUUCCCUAAGAGUGUGGAGUACAGCCAGAAGACCGUGGAGGAGGCUCUGAAGAAAGUUAAGAAGAUGAAGGCUAAUCUUGGAGGAACAAAGAUCCUGGAGCCCCUCAAAUAUAUUUACAGCCAGCCCUGCAUUCCCAAUCAGCCUAGACAGCUGUUUGUCUUUACUGAUGGAGAGGUGGGAAACACCAAAGAAGUGAUCGAUCUGGUGAAGAAGAACUCGAAUUCUCACAGGUGUUUCUCUUUUGGGAUUGGGGAAGGGGCCAGCUCUGCUCUCAUCAAUGGGAUGGCCAAGGAAGGAGGAGGUCACGCUCAGUUCACCACAGGGACUGACAGGAUGCAACCAAAAGUGAUGCAGUCGCUGCGAUUUGCUCUGCAGCCAGCUGUGGUCGACAUCUCAGUCACAUGGGAUUUACCAAAGGAAGUGUCUGUCACUGUCCUCUCUCCACCAAUCACAACACUUUUCCAGGGUCAGAGGUCACUGAUUUAUGCCCAGCUCACUGGACAGAGCUCAGAGGCAGCAGAGGGCUGUGUGACGCUGAAGUACAGCCUGGCAGGUCAUCCCUCUGAGAACCAGCUGCACUUCAGUCUCAGACCUGCAGAGGACACUGGAUUAACAGUCCACAUGUUGGCUGCUCGAACUCUGAUUCGCUCUCUCGAGAUGGAAGCAAGAGACGACAAAGGAGAGCAUAAUGAGGAAAUGAAGAAGAAGGUGGAGGAGUUGAGUAUCCAGUCAGGAGUGAGCAGUGCCUUUACUGCCUUUAUUGCUGUUAGUAAAAGCAGUGGUGAGGCGAUACAAGGACCCCUGAUACACAUAGAAAGUCAAGGAAACCGUUUAUACCUUCGCGAAUACAAUUUUUCAGAUUCCUGUGAGAUCAGUAAAGGUACAAAUACGGGAUCCUGUGGUCUGCUAACUGCCCAGAAGGACCCAGUUCCUCUGAAGAGCAUUGAGGUGGAGCUGGAGGUGAGGGACCAUGUGGCUACAGUGGUCUCCACUCUGAACUAUGAGAACAAGGAGGACAAACCAUUAGAGGCUGUUUUUGUCUUCCCUCUGCCUGGAGAUGCUGCUGUCUGUCAUUUCAGUGCUCAGAUUGGACAGACACAGAUUGUAGCUGAGGUGAAGGAGAAACAGAAGGCUCGUGAGGAGUAUGAUGAUGCUCUGAGCUCCGGUCAGCAGGCCUUCCUAUUGGAGGAGAGUGAUGAGAGUCCAGAUAUAUUCUCUCUGAGUGUGGGCAGUCUGCCUCCAGGAGAGAGCGCCUCCAUCAGGUUGGAGUACGUCACUGAGCUGGCUGUGCAGGCUGAUGAUGGUCUGAGGUUCUGUCUGCCUGCUGUGCUCAACCCUCGAUACCAACCUCAGGGUAGUAAAGGUGCAGGUGUCCAGGUGACUUCUGUUCCAGCCUCUCUGGUGCCCUACAGUCUGUCUUUUUCUGCCCGAGUGUCCUCUCCUCGUCCGAUCUCUAAAGUAGAGUCCAACUGUUCCCUGGACCCUCUGCAGUACCUCAACACUGAUCAAACCCAGGCCACGGUCAAGCUGGCUGCAGGACACAAGUUUGACAGAGAUGUUGAACUGCUGAUUUAUUACAAAGACGCCCACCAGCCCACUGCUGUGGUGGAGGCAGGACAGGUCUCUGCUGAGCCGGGCUCUCUGAUGGGUGAUCCAGUGGUGAUGGUGAGUCUGUACCCUGAGUUCCCCCAGUCUGUGAUGUCUUCAAUGGCUUCAUGUGGAGAGUUUGUGUUCUUAAUGGAUCGAUCUGGAAGUAUGAGAUUUAGGAUCAAAAGAAGGAGUCUUCAGACUUGCAUCCACAGUGCAAAGGAUACUCUGCUGCUCCUCUUGAAGAGCUUACCAAUGGGCUGCUAUUUCAACAUUUACAGUUUUGGGUCCAGAUAUGAACACAUCUUCCCUAAGAGUGUGGAGUACAGCCAGCAGACCAUGGAGGAGGCUCUGAAGAAAGUAAAGAAGAUGAAGGCUGAUCUUGGAGAAACAGAGAUCCUGGAGCCCCUCAAACAUAUUUACAGCCAGCCCUGCAUUCCCAAUCAGCCUAGACAGCUGUUUGUCUUAACUCGCGGAUGGGUGAAGAACGACAAAGAAGUGAUAGAUCUGGUGAAGAAGAAUUCCAGUUCUCACAGGUGUUUCUCUUUUGGGACAGGGGAAAACACCAGCUAUAAUUUCAUUAAUAAGAUGUCCAAGGAAGGAGGAGGUCACGCUCAGUUUAUCACAGGGACUGACAAGAUACAACCAAAAGUGAUGCAAUCACUGCAAUUUGCUCUGCAGCCAUCUGUGAUUGACAUCUCAGUCACAUGGGAUUUACCAAAGGAAGUGUCUGUCACUGUCCUCUCACCCCCAAUCACAUCCAUUCUGCAGGGUCAGAGGUCACUGAUUUAUGCCCAGCUCACUGGACAGAGCUCAGAGGCAGCAGAGGGCUGUGUGACGCUGAAGUACAGCCUGGCAGGUCAUCCCUCUGAGAACCAGCUGCACUUCAGUCUCAGACCUGCAGAGGACACUGGAUUUACAGUCCACAUGUUGGCUGCUCGAACUCUGAUUCGCUCCCUCGAGAUGGAAGCAAGAGAUGACAAAGGAGAGGAUGACAAAGUGAAGAAGAAGGUGGAGGAGUUGAGUAUCCAGUCAGGAUUGAGCAGUGCCUUUACUGCCUUUAUUGCUGUUAGUAAAAGCAGUGGUGAGGCGAUACAAGAACCCCUGAUACCACCACCCAGUUUAAAACAGUGUAAUUUGGUGGAUUCAUGUGAGAGUCAGCCAAGCAGCAGUAAGGGGAUCUCUGUAACGGAGAAACUGAGAUCAGCCUUCAGCCGCAUUAACUCCCACUUCAAGCAUGCUCAAAGCUGCUCACCUCAGAGGAAGGGCACCGAGUCUCAGCUGUCAGUCAAAGACCCUUUGCUGCAGCUGGUUUCCCUGCUGGAAGCCUCUGGAUGCUGGUUAUUGAAGCCAGCUUUGGCCUCUGUGCUGGGGAAGACCAGCAAGGAGGUGGCAAACCUGAAACCUGCAUCGGCCAGCAGUGAAGUGUGGGCCACCAUUCUGGCUCUGAUCUGGCUUCAUGGUUUCAAGAUGGAUGCAAAGGACGAGUGGGAGCUUCUGGCUGUGAAGGCUGCCUCAUGGCUCUGUGCUCAGAAUGCGACGUGUGUGACAGAGUGUGUGGAGGCCGGUAAUGCGCUGCUGGGUUGCAGAGUAACGAAAGAUGCUUUGGGGCUCUGAAGUUGCUCCUCCUUCAGAAUUCAACUUUAUGUAUUGCAUAUUAUCAGUGUUCCUCUUGUUUAUUAUAUAUUUUAUUGUGUGUUACUUUUUUGUUUUUCACCUCUGUAAAAACAAAAAAGAGAAAAAGGUGUAAUCUCAGCUCUGUUUUUGUGCCUUAGUUACCUCGGUACUGAUGUGCUGCCCCUGUUAGAGGUGGCAGAGUGGACUCAGCAGUGCUGUUUAUCCAUGCAGACCUUUCAAUUGCACAUGGACUGGAUAUAAAAGGUGGAUGAAGCUACUGUAACAUUACCCACUUUUUUCUGAAGUCUCAGCUUCUAAGGUGCUAUUGCCAUCUCAGACGAUUCAUACCAGAUAUCAUGAGUGAGCAGUGUUAAUUUAUGUCUGUGAAGGUUCUCAGUCAUCCAGGUCAUCGUAGUCUAAGGAGCUUGGAAAGAAAAGCGUCUGGACUUCUUUAAGUUGCUUGCGCCACCAUUUGACCCUUAGAACUGAAGCUUCUCAAAUGAGACUUGAAACGUCUUCAAGCAACUUAAAGAAGUCCAGACGCUUUUCUUUCCAAGCUCCUUAGACAGUGUUAAUUUAGUUCACCAAUUAUUCCCAAAACAAAAACUAUGAUGAAAUGUACUGACUCUUUCAUCAACGAAUAAAAACAAGAUGAAAGCAUUCUGGAGAGACGAGAGCCAAUCAGAACUAAUUAAGUUGUAUAGAAAGGCGGGACAAGUAAGGUUAGAAACAUACAUUUGAGAUGGAAAAUGCUCCCUAUUCCUCAUGAAAAUGCAACAAAAUGUCAACAUUUGUGAGGUAGAGACAAGCAGACAUACGGAGACAUUUCCAAUUUGAUGUCAAGUAAAAUAAGAGACUUUGUAAAGCAUGUAGAAGAACUCAAAAAGAAACUUUUAAACUUUAUAAAAAUAGUGAAGUGAAUCAACUUUAGAUAAAGUCUACUGUAACCUUAUGAUAGUUAGUGGGCUAAAACUAAAUUAAUUUCCUGUAUAAUUAAAAGAAUAAAAUAAAAAAAGAGUAUCAUCAGAAAAAAAAGAGUAUAAUCAUCUUGUCUUCAAUAUGGCUUGAAAUGAGUGAUUUUGGCCUUAAGUUCAUCAGGUCAAAAUCACUAGAACCACAGACGGUAACAUUUUAAUGGGCAGCAGGGGGAGACUCCUCUGGUUGCAAAAAGAAGUCUUCGUAUGCCUACGGGUAAUCAUCUUUAUUGUUUGCUGUAUAAGUUUACACUUUCAUAGAGGGGUUUGUCUUUCUGAAUGCAGCAUGAUGGUCAUUCACUAAAUUCUGUUCCUGAUUAGAAUCAAAAAGGAGAAUAAAGCAGGAUAAACUUCAGGGUUGUUUCACCUUGUGAUGUGCCGUGUUUCUGCCAAUGGUGGAAAUACUCAGCUCGAUGCUUCACAACAGAACAUAACUAAUGCCUAAUGUAAUGGUUGCUACAGUUUAUGCAUACACACUAAAACAUUCUGCACAAUUGUUUUUUAUUUUCUCCAAUUGUCCCUGAGAGGCAUGUGAGUGAGUGAUGAGCUAUAUCUCAUCUAUUCAGUUCAGUUUUAUUUCUGUAGCGCCAAAUCACAACAGCAGUCAUCUCAAAGCACUUUACAUUGUGGGGUAAACGCCCUACAAUAAUACAGAGAAAACAGAGUCUUUGAGACGAUGCUUAGCUAAACCAAUUAUCAGUUCAUGCACAAUAUUUAAACAAUUAGUGUUGUCCUUAUAUUUGAGCAUGUGUUAGCUUUUCCUGUGUUGAUAUAGUAAUAAAGAUAAAUGUCUGAUGUCUAAUUGAUGGUUUCUCUGGAUUUGUUGAUGUGAAUUUGUACUGUCUGUUGUAUUUAUCUUAUCUUUCAUUAUUCAGUGCUUGUUCAUCAUUGUGCGUAUGUGAAUUUGUAACUGAGUUUACUGUGCAUUUGAUAAAGAUCCUCAACCUAAAUGUAGUCUUCUUUUUUUUCUCUCAUUGGUAAAUCUGUAACCUGUAUGCCAAACAAGAAACCACA